ACCGGCCCCGGUACCGGCCGUGUCACCGACCGCCGGCUCGGCCCCUCCCGCCCCCCGUGAAGCGUUUUUGUUGUCCCGUUUCCCAGGCGCUUUUCCCAUCACCCCCCGCGCCAUGGUGGCGGCAUCCCGCGUCCCGGCCCAAGAUGGCGCACGCGUGAGGGAGGGGGUGAUGUAUGAGCUGCUGUUUAUGUGUUCAAGGGCCGCAGGUGCUCUCGGGGGCGAGAAGCGGCAGCGCUGAGGAGCAGCGCUUAAAAAACAAUCGAGUGAUUCCUCUGCCGUCAUUCUCCCCGCAGCGGCCCGUCCGUGAGGCUACGGCCCCGCCCCGGGAGGUGUGCGGGGUGGCGGAGGGGCUGGCGGGACCAUGGCGGAGGAAGGUGAGCGCUGCGACCCCGACCGCGACACGGCUCCUGUGGCGGAGGCUGGAGAUGGGGCUGAGCCGGACAGCCAGGCCGGGGAAGACCUCGCGGAUAGCCCCGACGUAUACAGAUACAUUAAGGGAGACUUGUUCACCUCCGAGAUCUAUAAAGUAGAGAUACAGAACCUGCCCAAAUACAUUGGGUUUAACGAUGUGAAAAAGUUCCUUGCCAAGUACGGGCUCAAUCCUCACAAGAUAAAACUUUUCGGAAAGCAGACGUUCGCCUUCGUGACGUUCAAGAGCGAGGAGGAGCGGGACAAGGCCAUGCGGGUGCUGCACGGCGCGCUCUGGAAGAGCCGCCACCUCAGCGUGCGCCUGGCCAAGCCCAAAGCCGACCCCAUCGCCAAGAAGAGGAAGCAAGAGGAGGAUUCGGAGCAGGGAGAGGCGAAGCGUCCGGCUCCCUGCGGAGAGGAGCCCCUGAGCAAGCGGAUCGCGGAUGUGGUGACCCCGCUGUGGAACGUGCCCUACGAGGAGCAGCUGGCCCAGAAGAAGCAGGAGUGCGAACAAGUGCUGCAGAAGUUAACAAAGGAAAUAGGAAAUAACAACAGAACUUUAUUACCCUGGUUGUUCCUGCAGAAGCAGAAGUUUAAUAAAUUAUGUUGCCCAGUGGAGGGAGUGAAAGCAUCACCCUUACAGACUGAAUAUCGCAACAAAUGUGAGUUCUUGAUUGGGAUUGGUGUAAAUCAAGAAGACAAAACUGUGGGUUGUCGUCUUGGCAAAUAUAAGGGUGGUACAUGUGCUGUAGUGGAGCCAUUUGAUACUAUUCACAUUCCUGCUAUUGCCAAAAAAGUAGUAAAAGCUUUCCAAGACUACAUAAGGUCAACUCCUUACUCUGUGUACAGCCCCGAAACCUACGAAGGGCACUGGAAACAGCUCACGGUCCGCACCAGCCGCAACGGCCACAUCAUGGCAAUUGCUUAUUUCAAUCCUCAGAAAUUGAAUAAAGAAGAACUAGCUGACCUGAAAAUCUCUCUGGCAAAAUACUUCACAGAAGGGAUGGGAAAGAGUAGUGGUGUUACUUCCCUGUACUUUGUGGAGGAAGGACAGAGGAAAUCUCCCAAUCUAGAGGACUUGCCUUUGGAGCAUGUGGCUGGUGAUAAGUACAUAUAUGAAGAACUCCUUGGCCUAAAAUUUAGAAUUUCUCCUCAUGCAUUUUUUCAAGUGAACACACAAGCUGCAGAAGUGUUGUACACUGCCAUUGGGGAGUGGGCACAACUGAGCCAAGAGAGCACUGUGCUGGACAUCUGUUGUGGGACAGGAACCAUUGGGAUUUCUUUAGCAAAGCGAGUGAAGAAGGUAAUUGGAAUUGAGCUCUGCCAAGAAGCUGUUCAGGAUGCCAAAGCAAAUGCCCAGAUUAAUGAGCUGAAUAAUAUUGAAUUUUAUUGUGGGAAGGCAGAAAAUAUUGUUCCUUCCCUAAUGAACGUUUUAGCUCCUCAGAACCUGAUCACAAUUGUAGAUCCACCACGAGCAGGGCUGCAUUCCAAGGUAAUUCUUGCCCUUCGAAGAGCUGAACACCUGAAGAAGCUCAUCUAUGUCUCCUGCAAUCCAAGAGCUGCAAUGGGUAACUUUGUGGACCUGUGCCGAGCCCCUUCCAACAGGGUGAAAGGAGCCUCUUUCCGGCCCGUGAGAGCCAUGGCUGUGGAUCUGUUCCCUCAGACCAGGCACUGUGAGUUACUGAUCUUCUUUGAGAGGGUGGAACAUGCUGACAGCUCUGCAGCUGCAGCACCUGCUGCCAGCGAGAUCACAGCAGCACCCCAUGGCACUGAGGGUGAGGAUGGCACCAGCCCAGCUGCCAGGGAGGGGAGCCAGGCAGCUGCUGGCCAUGGGGACUGCAGUCCAAGAGAGGGCUCCCCUUAACUCCUGAGAGACUUGGCAGAAACUACUUUUGCUUUUUAACUGCGUCAGUAACAUCACUUCUGUAACAUGCAGGUAAUAAAUCUCUGUACAACAGAGUAAUUGCAAGGCUUCCAACUUAUUUCAUCAUCCUAAUUUGAAUUAAAUUUCAUUACCAUAGAUUCCCAGAAGGGUUUGUGUUGGAAGGAACCUUAAUGAUCAUCUCAUAACCAGCCCUCUGCCAUGAACAGGGACACCUUCCACUCGACCACAUUGCUCAGAGCCCCAUCCAGCCUGGUCUUGAACACUGUCAGGGACAGGAUGUUAUGUACUAUUAGGCCAAACCCUGUUUUUCUUUUCCUGCUUAGAUACAUACACAUACACCCAAUUCCCAGAGCAAGUCAUCUUACUGCAGGGACCUGGACCUACCUGUCAGUACUUCAUCAUGCUCUUCCCCCAUCAAAACUGCACCAUGUUUUUUCAGUAAGUAAGUAAAGAUUAACCCUCCCAUAAAUUAUUUACCUGCUAAAUCUUCAUUAGGAAGUAACAAACUCAGUCUAAUAAAAAUGCCACACAUUCCAGCGUUGAAGCCAGUCUUAGACUGUAUCACUGUAUCAGCAUCACUGACAAGACAAUAAAGGCUCUAAGUUUCUUAUACCAUACUACUGAAGCUGAGGUGACUUUGCUCGAGGCAUGCCCUCACCAGUGAAAACUGACAGCCACAACUGAACUGUACCCACACCAGCACCUUAUGCUGCACUGCCAGUGUGGCUCCUGGGGGUGAAGACAAGCCUGGCUUGAGGGCUCCACAGGUGCUCUCCAGUCAGGACUCACUGCAGCCAGAGGCUCAGCAGCUGCCAUUAAUGGACUGUGAUCCACACUACAGAACAGACAGCAACACUGUUAGAAGGAGUGAUCAUCUUAAAUCUCAACCUGCUUCUAAUAUACAUUUAAUAUGGCCUAACAGCAACAAAGAGAUUCUACAGCCCAUGGCUCUGCUGAUAGCACACCUUUCCAGUGUUUGGUACCUCCACCCAACAGCUACCAAAACCAGCACUGGCUUGUACCACUUUUAACCUUGCCAGGGUUUAAGUAAAAAUAGAAAUCCUAAUUCAAAGAAAGGUAACUUAAUUUCACUCCAAGUGUUUAACCAUGUAAACAUUCAAUUCCUCACCUAAAAGUGAUGCAAUAUUUCCAUAAUGAACAAGGCUGCACUGAUCUUAUUUCUCUUUAGAAAUACCUAGAGGACUUGAAGAAUAAGAGUUCCUUUCUCUAGAUAUGCUUAAGCUAUCAUAAUACUGAUCACACUGGCACAUUUUAUAAUAUCAAACUUUAUUGCUCGAAACUAAUUGUCUGAAAAAUACACAUAUAGUACUCAAAGACUGAACACAGAGGAUUACAUGAUUGUGCAGAAAAAAAGCAAGCAGAGGCUCAGUGAAAAUGAGGCUUUAUAAUUGUACCAAUUUAGCACUGGCACCAAGCAACUGCACCCAA